UCUACCAGAGGAGUGGGUGUGGUCAGAAACAACCACAGACAGCAUUUUGAGAAAAGACAACACCUAGAGCAUAGACAGCAUGUAGAGCAAAGACAUUUUGAGAAAAGACAGCAUUUUGAGUCAAGACAGCACUUAAUUCAACGCUCACUGGAUGCUAGGCCCCUAAAGCCAAUUUUGCAGAAAGAUGGUUUUCGAAUAAGGCCCAAAAAGAAUAUGUCAGUAACAUUUGCUCUGGACGUAAUCAUGGAGGAAGGUGAAUGUUCUCGGAAGAUUGGAGCUCCAAAUAUCAGUAAGCCUUGCAAUAGUCAGUGUUAUGAUACAAAGACUCCAGCUCCAUCUGCUGAUGCCAAUCUUUUCAAAGCCCGGAGACCCAAAAAGAGAAUAGAAACCUGGGACACUGAAGAAAUGUUUUUGGAAGACCCUCGUGGAGAAGCCUUCCGUUCCUGUGUAACUGGGCACAGCUCCAGAAGCAGCAGGAACUCCCAGUCUUUGUAUUUCACUGGAUAACACCUCUGCAGUCCACGAACAAGUUCACCUAUCUAACAUCACAUCCCUGAGAACCAUUGUUUCUGCACACCAGUAAGUUCAUCCAUACUCACCGAGUGCCUCAGGAAGUUAGGUGCUGUCCAUCUGAGCAAAGAAUGGGGUAACAGACUUCCCAUUUGUAACGAGAUGCUCCUGACAAAGCUUAUGGAUCAAGUGUCGUGCACAACUGAAAAUGAGCCUUAGACGAACAGGGUUACUUUAGAAUCACACGUUUCUCGUUACGGUUCUCGGGUAUAAAGGGCCUGGCAAAAUAAAUAAGAAUGAUGCUCUACUCAA